AUGGAAGGUGAUAUUAUCUUAGGUGGGUUAUUCCCAGUCCAUCUAAAGAGCGACGAAACUGAAAACACUUGCGGAGUAUUUGAUGAAAUCGCAGGGUACCAGUUCAUUGAAGUAAUGCUGUUUGCGAUAAAACAAGUGAAUGCCGAUCCAAAACUCUUACCGAACAUCACCCUUGGGGCUCGAAUACACGAUUCGUGCCAGAGCAAAACUAUCGCGGCCAAUGCCGCCAAAGAGUUUAUCAAAAUGACUUUGGUAAAGGACACAAAAGCCCAACUAGCUGGAGUUGUAGGCGCUUCGGGAAGCGAAGUCACCGAAACGGUUGCCAACUUUCUUCGUGUUUUUGAAAUCCCACAAAUCAGUUACGAUUCUACCAGCAUAAGUUUAAGUAACAAAGACAUCUAUAGUUAUUUUUUGAGGACCGUUCCGCCGGAUUCUUUUCAAGCUCAAACGAUUGUGGACCUUUGUAAGAAGUUCGGCUGGAAUUAUGUCUCGACUGUGAACGUGUAUGGUGCUUACGGUACCAAAGGAAUGGAAGAAUUCUGGAGGGCGGCCAAAAGCAACGGUAAGGCCAAAAAAAAUAUGUGGGUUUCCGGUUUCUUCUUGUAAAAACUUAGGUAGGGUAGGUCGGUUUUGACUUUUUUUUUAAUCUUUUUUUUUAAAUUUUCCUAACAACCGGACGCCAUUUUGUUUAGUCAGUGCUUCCACAUUCAAAGAUAAAUUUCCCUAAUAUUGCCUCAAAUUUCCAUUUUUCACAAACGUUUUCCUCUAAGUGGAAACACUUACAAGCAUGAUCGAAAAAAAGUUUAGGGUCGGGAUUUCGGCGUCCAAAAGCUAGGUAGGGUCGGGAAACCGGAAACCCACAUAUUUUUUUGGCCUAUUAGUAAUGGAUGGAUAUAGAUCAACUUUAGUUAAAACACACUAAUCUUUUCAGCUAAUGCUGGUUUCCAAAAGGUGUGUAUACCACUAUGAUUUACAAAAAUAUAAUAAAUCCCUUCCCCCGCAACUUAUCUAUGAUGUGCAGUAUGUUCAUUACUGAUUUCAUAAAUUAUAUAAAUAUUAUGAAUUUGUUAACUAAUAGUACUAUAAAUUAGUAAAGAAAUCUAAGAAUAUUACUAGCAUAAUUUAAGCAUGAUGGUUGUUAAAUGAAAAGGUCGAAGGAAGAAAGCUUUUCACAAAACAAAUCAUAAGUUGGCGAAGUUCUUAUGUCUUCCGGUAUUUGAUUCCAAAUUGUCGAGCUCUAACCGUGAUACUUUUUCAAUAGGUAUAUGCAUUGAUGUCAAAGAGCGUAUGAAAGCCUUCCCAACGGAUUUGGAAUAUGAAGAAACUAUACUGAGGAUAUACAACAGAGCUAAACACAGCAAAGUGUCUGUGAUUGUGAUAUUUGGGACACAGACAAUCAUACGUCGUUUAUUGAAUGCAACCUUAAAGUACAACGCUGUUGCACCGAGGCGUUUUACAUGGAUUGGUAGCGAUGGUUGGGGCAACGGACUUGAGUUUGUAGGAAAAGAGGCAGAACCAGCACUCGGGGCGUUGACAAUCAUGAUGAGGAAAGGAGAUACGGCGCAGGAGUUUAAAGAUUACUACACUAGUUUUAACUUGACGAACUAUCCAAGGGAAAAUAAAAG